AUGGAUGAAAUUUGUAAUAUAUUAAAGGAAUACAGUGCAAGUGACUCUAAUAAUAUAAUUGAUUUAUUCAAAGAAUAUAGCGCUUGCACGAAAGAUAAAACGGAGGUUCAUUCGAGACUUAAAAAAAUAAAAUGUACUAAACUAAUGGCCUUUGAUGCUAACGGUUUGUACGCUUCCGCAAUGUCGGAUUUAGAUAGCGAAUAUCCGAGAGCGGAAAGUGGUAGACCAUUUCUACCGGAAGAAAAUAAAGAAUUUGUCAAGCUCUUUAAUGAACAGAAAUUCAGACCUAGAACUGCUAUUUUAACAGUGUGGUUUGACUAUCCCAAAAACAUGUUCUUCCAACCGAUACCAGCUAAAGAUAAAAUCACUUUCACGAAUAAAGAAGGUAAAAAGGAAACUGGCACUAAAAUCAGAUUCAGAAAUGGUUUCUGUCACGACGUUUUAACAUCGGUCGAUAUUCAAGAAAUAGUGAAAGCCGGUGGACGAAUUAUUAAAAUAUUAGAUGGUAUAGUUUACGAAGAAAAUUUUAAAACUCCACCCUAUAGAGAUUAUAUUUUAAUUUUGAGAGAUCUAAGAAAUAAAUAUAAACGAGAAGGUAAUAUCGUAGGUAGUAAUUGCAUGAAAUUAUUAGGCAAUUCGUUGUAUGGUAAAUCUAUUCAGAAGGAUAUAACUACAUCGAGACAUCUAUGGAGUGAAGCGACUUUUAAAGCCAACUUCGAUUCACACGUCAAAAGCUAUGAAAAAGUAUAUGAUGAAUGA